AUGGUUGUGUCUGCCGGUCGGUUCUUCACGGCCGCCUGUGCCCUGGCCGGCUCCGCGCUGGCUCUGAGCCCUCUCGAGGUCGAUGGCAAGGACUUUGUCAACUCCAAGACCAAGGAGCGUUUCCAGAUCAUCGGUGUUGAUUACCAGCCCGGUGGUACCAACGCGGUCAACACCAAGAGCGACCCGCUGACCGACAGCGAUGCCUGCAUGCGUGACGCCGCUCUGAUGCAGCGCCUGGGUAUCAACACCAUCCGUAUCUAUAACAUGCAGCCCACUCUGAACCACGACAAGUGUGUUUCCAUCUUCAGCGAGGCUGGCAUUUACAUGAUCCUGGAUGUCAACUCUCCUCUGGCCAAUGGCUCCCUGAACCGUGCUGAACCCUGGACUACCUAUGAUGCCGCCUACUUCGAGCAGGUGUUCGGUAUCAUCGAGGCCUUCAAGAACUACGAGAACGUGCUGGGCUUCUUCGCCGGUAACGAGGUCAUCAACCAGGACUCGACCUGGCUCGCCCCCGCCUACGUUCGCGCCGUUGUCCGUGACAUGAAGAACUACAUCGCCAAGAACGCUCCCCGUACCAUUCCCGUUGGUUACUCCGCCGCCGAUGUUAGUGAUAUCCUCACCGACACCGCCCACUACUUUGAGUGUGAGAUGAGCAAUUCCACCAACUCCCGUAUUGACUUCUUCGGCCUGAACUCCUACUCCUGGUGCGGUGAUGCUUCCUACACAUCCAGUGGCUACGACGUCCUGACUGAGGACUUCGCCAACGCUACCGUCCCUGUUUUCUUCUCCGAGUACGGUUGCAAUAAGGUGACCCCCCGUACCUUCACCGAAGUGCAGGCUCUGUACGGCGAGGAGAUGACCCAGGCUUUCUCCGGCGGUCUGGUCUACGAGUGGACCCAAGAGACCAACGACUACGGUCUUGUCAUGAUCAACAACACCAACACCGUGACCACCCUCAUCGACUACGACAACUUGCAGAAACAGUUCAACGAGCUGGACAUUGGCCGUAUCAUGAAGAGCAACGGUUCCCAGACCUCCGUCAAGGCCGAGACUUGCAGCCCCAGUAUCAUCACCUCCGGCAAGCUCCUGAACUCCUGGGGCUUGCCCGCCACUCCUUCCAAGGUCUCUGACUACAUUGAGAGCGGACUGCCCAACGCUCCCACGGGCUCUUUCGUCGCCGUGAGCGGCGGUGUCAUUCCUCAGAAGGUCUACGACUACACCGGCAAGGAGAUCACCGGCGUUGAGUUCAAGGUUCUAACUGGUGAUGAGGCCAACACCCCCUCCGGCAACAGCAGCAGCAGCAGCACCGGCACCUCGUCCUCCUCUUCCUCCACUGGCACCUCCACCCAUAACGCUGCCUCGCUUAACGGCCCCUCCGUCGCCAGGGGUGGCCUCGGCGGUCUCUUCAUGCUGCUUGCUUCCCUGCUGUAA